CGCUUCACAUAUGCCGACGACGAGAGAGGCGCGGGGCGCGGGGCGCGGGCUAGCGGCCCGUUGCGCGUGCGCCGCGAUUCACCGGUCACUCAGCGAGCGACAGCCAACUAGGCGGACACUUUAUCGUCCUUGCGUGCAAUUUGAAUACGCGAAUAAAUUAUUAUAAUACAGUCCAAGUCUUAUUACACCGAAGUCCCGUUAGGGCUCCUACAUUUUCUGGUCCUUCGAGCCGGAUAACCUGCAUACUUCCGUCGCAUUACAAUUGCAACGCAACGGUCAUUGACGUCGCGUGGUUUACAUUGACCGCGCCCAAGGACAAAGGACAAGAAGUCGUCUCCGUCAUCUACGUGGCAGCCUUUGUCGUCUGAAGAAGCUGAUGUCAGGGAGUAUAAUUCUGUAUUUGAGUGAGUCCAUCCAAUUACUUAUUUCCAACUUUCCCUAUUGAAAACUUCUUUUUGCUGAAAUUUUUAUUUUUUAAAUAUUUCUCCAUAAUUAAUCUUCUAGUUAAUCAAGUAAUAUAUUGCUUAAUUACUUCAUUGAUGCAUUAUUUAAUUAUUUUAUAACAAAAAGUACGCACGCACUUGACACGUGUUAACCUUGAAACCGGUCAAGUCUUAUCGCUUUGAAUAGAACCCGUUCGUCUACGCAAACAGGUGCUGCAUUUUUUAUAUCCAUUCAUUACGAUUCCUUUGUUUAAUUUUAUUUUUUAUGACUCUUUUUUUGUUUCACAUUGCAACAUAAAAACUUUAAGAUGUCUGAUAAUUUAAAAACCCUUAUUAAAAAACGUAGUUCAAUAAAGUCUAAAUUAACAAUAUUUAAUAAUUAUUUAAUGUUAAUAAAAAGCAGUCCCGAAUUAUCAGAGUUACAACGUCUUGACCUCAUGGAACGUUUUCGUAAAUUUGAAAAUUUAUAUAAUGAAUUUGAUGACCUGCAGAAUACGAUUGAACUACUUUCCGAGGAUGCCGAGUCUACGUUUACUGAGCGUGAGGACUUCGACCGUCAGUAUUUCAAUCUGGUGGCACUCACGCGCAGCCUGCUCGGUGCUUCGUCCAACGGUACUGGAUCUGAGGCGGGCUUCAAAGAUGCUGACUCAGAUAAAACUACUCAAAUACCAAAAAAAUCUAAUAAUAAUUUUAAUAAAUGUCCGCUUUGCUCCCAAGCACAUGCUUUAUACAAAUGUGAUUCAUUUCGAAGUUUAUCUAUUGAAAGUCGCAUACAAAAGGCAAAUGAUUAUAAUGAUUGUCUUAAUUACUUACGGUUAGGCCAUUCUGCUAAGCAAUGCAAACUAUCACAUUGCAAAUAUUGUAAAAUAAAACAUAAUACGCUUUUGCAUUUAAAUUCGAAUGACUUCAAAACUGUCAAUUCAUUGCUUUCUUCUUUGCACCUUGCUACGUCAAAUGUUGCACUUCCGGCCAAUUGCUUGCAGCUUGCUACUUCUGCGCAUGUAUUACUGUCCACAGCUCUGGUGAACGUGAUCGGCGCGUCGGGUAAAAAGUACACGGCACGUCUACUGCUGGACAACGGUAGCACGGCCAACUUUGUUACGCAGACAUUCUUCGAGAAACUGGGUUUGUUACGACGCGGUACUAGCACCAGGGUAACAGAUGCAUCGGAAAAGGCGUACGGGGCAUGUCUGUAUAUUCGAUCAAGUAGUGAUAAUGGCUCUACAAAUGUACAGCUUCUAGUCUCUAGAAACCGAAUAGCGCCUGUCAAACCGACGACCAUACCGAGGCUUGAACUUUGCGGAGCUUUGUUAGGUGCAAGGCUGUGUACUAAGGCCAAAUCCAAAUGGUUUAGUUCCAGAGGGGAGGUGAAACCAGGGUCUUUAGUCCUAAUCAAGGACAAAACAACACCACCGCUGCUCUGGUCCCUGGGUCGGGUCACACAGACCUUUCCCGGCGUAGACGGAGUCACGCGGGUGGCAGAAAUCAAAACGAAGAGAGGAACAAUUCGUCGCGCUUUCAAUAACAUCUGCCCCCUUCCUGAUCAAGAUUGAAGAGCACUCUUCAACCCGGGGAGUAUGUCGGCGCUUCACAUAUGCCGACGACGAGAGGCGCGGGGCGCGGGGCGCGGGCUAGCGGCCCGUUGCGCGUGCGCCGCGAUUCACCGGUCACUCAGCGAGCGACAGCCAACUAGGCGGACACUUUAUCGUCCUUGCGUGCAAUUUGAAUACGCGAAUAAAUUAUUAUAAUACA